GCGAAACCAUAUUCAUAUAGAAUUGAUUCAAAAACCGACUCGUGGCCUGGCCUGCUGUACUAACAUGGUGUUUUCCUGGGCCUCCGGAAGCGUUCCAUCAGCUAUGCGAGGCCCAUCGAAACAAUUAUCUUCAAUUUCAGUGUCAGCAGGUGCAGUCAGAACCAACAAUGACCGCACUCUCCGGCUCCGCAAAUCCUUACCCCAAUACAUUGCACCGGCAUCGACUGACGAGCCCAAAGCCUGUGCAUGGCAUAUCGGUACCCGUUUCCGUAUCCAUACCCGAAACAGAACCACUCUCUAUUCCUUCUCCUUCAAACAAUGAUGCGGCGCUAGCUGUGACACAGAGAGGCCAAAGAAGACGGGCAAUAGACUGGGAAAAGGUGAAGAAGAGAGAGGCGAAAGAGAAAAAAGAGGAAGUGAACCGGAAAAUUGCGUCGAGGAAGGCGAUUUCUGUGAUUCUUCGAAGAGAUGCAACAAAAGCUACCAUUGAGAAAAAGAGAGGUCCUACCAAUUCAAAGAAAUUGCUUCCAACGACUGUCCUCGAAGCUCUUCACGACAGAAUCACCGCUUUGCGCUGGGAGUCUGCUCUUAAGGUUUUCGAGCUGCUACAAGAGCAGCUAUGGUACAGGCCCAAUUCUGGUAUGUAUAUCAAACUCAUUGUCACGCUUGGAAAGUGUAAGCAACCUGAGAAGGCUUAUGAGCUCUUUCAAGCUAUGAUUAGAGAAGGAUGUGUUGUGAACCAUGAAUCCUAUACGGCUUUGUUGUCUGCCUAUGGCAGGAGCGGUCUCUUUGACAAAGCAUUUACUCUACUGGAGGAAAUGAAAAACAAUCCUGAUUGCCAGCCUGAUGUUCACACUUAUUCAAUCCUCAUAAAGUCAUGCCUCCAAGUUUUUGCUUUCGACAAAGCACAGAUGCUACUUUCUGAUAUGGAAUCUCUGGGAGUCAGACCCAGCACAAUCACAUAUAACACACUCAUUGAUGCAUAUGGCAAAGCAAAAAUGUUUGCAGAGAUGGAAGCAACAUUAGUGAAGAUGCUUAGUGAGAAAAAUUGUGAACCUGAUGUUUGGACCAUGAACUCCACGAUCAGAGCCUUUGGCAGCAGUGGGCAAAUUGAAAUGAUGGAAAAGUGUUAUGAGAAGUUACAGAGUGCAGGGAUUGAACCCACUAUCAUGACUUUUAACAUUCUCCUGGAUUCCUAUGGAAAAGCUGGAGAUUAUAAGAAAAUGAGUGCAGUGAUGGAAUACAUGCAGGCAUACCAUUAUUCGUGGACAAUUGUAACCUACAAUGUGGUGAUUGAUGCAUUUGGGCGGGCUGGGGAUUUGAGACGAAUGGGGUAUUUGUUUCAGUUAAUGCAGUCAGAGAGGAUCAAACCAAGCUGUGUUACACUAUGCUCUCUUGUGAGAGCUUACGGGCAAGCUGGGAAACCUGAAAAAAUUGGAGGGGUCUUGCGAUUUAUUGAGAAUUCAGAUAUAAAAUUAGAUACUGUGUUUUUCAAUUGUUUGGCGGAUGCUUAUGGGAGAAUGGGAUACUUUGUCGAGAUGAAAGGUGUGCUCAAGCUGAUGGAGCAGAAAGGAUGUAAACCUGAUAAAAUCACUUGCAGAACCAUGAUUAAAGCUUAUUCAAGCAAAGGGAUGACUAAGCAUGUGAAGGAACUCCAAGAUCUUGCAAGGUCAGUUGAAAGGUCUGAAUUUCGGAGGAAGAAGCCUGAUUUUUAAUGAUGACUUCCACAGGUCAUACACCUCUACACUUGUGUGCAUUUUUUUUUU